UAAUGUUGUGUGUGGUACUCAAAGCGGCCCAUGUUACGGUACCCUGUACUCACAUGCACCGAAUCGAAACCCCUAAAUUUCAGGCACAACAAUAAAUUUUCUAAAAACUCACUGUUACGUUUUCUUCUUCAUCAACAGGAAGCACAUAUUCAUACUGGAACUGAAUACCACCAAAAGGAAACCCUAACUGAAUUCAAUCUUUUGGUGUCUCGUUUCUCAGAUCCAGUUCACCGCCAUGGUUUCAUCGGCCAAGAUCAAAUCUGUUGAUUUCUACAGGAAAAUUCCAAGAGACUUGACAGAGGCGUCACUGUCAGGUGCCGGCUUGUCUAUCAUAGCUGCUCUUGCCAUGAUGUUUUUAUUUGGAAUGGAGCUACAUAAUUAUUUGAGUAUCAGUACCUCGACUUCUGUCAUAGUCGACAGAAGUCCUGAUGAGGAUUACUUACGGAUCGACUUUAAUCUUAGUUUUCCGGCUUUAUCCUGUGAGUUUGCAUCCGUGGACGUGAGUGAUGUUCUGGGAACUAACAGGUUAAAUAUAACAAAAACCGUGCGCAAAUAUUCGAUUAAUAAACAUCUACAAACUACUGGCUCUGAGUUUGACUCUGGACCAGUAACUCAUGGAGUCAAACAUGAUGAGGAAAAUGACGAAGAAUACGGUGAAGGAUCUGUUACUCUAAAUGCAGAUAAUUUUGAUAGGAUUUCUCAUCAGCAUGCAAUUUUGGUUGUAAAUUUUUAUGCUCCUUGGUGCUAUUGGAGCAACCGCUUGAAACCCUCAUGGGAGAAGGCUGCCAAAAUUAUAAGAGAAAGACAUGAUCCUGAAGUGGAUGGCCGUAUCAUUAUGGGAAAGGUUGACUGCACCGAAGAAGUUGACCUGUGUAGAAGUCACCACAUACAAGGUUAUCCAUCUAUUCGCAUAUUCCGUAAGGGCAGUGAUGUUAGGGAUGAGCAUGGGCACCAUGAACAUGAAUCCUAUUACGGGGACAGAGAUACUGAUACCUUGGUGAAGACAAUGGAGGAAUUAGUCGCACCAAUCGCAUUGGAGUCACCAAAUUUGGCAUUGGAGGAUAAAUCUGGCACAACUACAGAGAAAGCUAAAAGACCCGCUCCACGUGAAGCAGGAUGUAGAAUUGAAGGGUUCGUAAGAGUCAAAAAGGUUCCUGGUAAUCUUGUAAUUUCUGCCCGUUCAGGAGCGCACUCAUUCGAUUCUUCCCUGAUGAACAUGUCACAUGUAAUUACCGAUUUCUCCUUUGGUAAGAAAAUCACUCCAAGGGUGAUGAGUGAUAUCAAAAGGAUACUACCUUAUAUUGGCGCAAGUCAUGCCAAAUUAAAUGGCAAGUCAUAUCUCACCGACCCAGAUGAUCAUGCAAACGUUACUGUAGAGCAUUAUCUUCAACUUGUGAAGACUGAGGUAAUGAGGUCAACUCACCAACUGAUUGAAGAAUACGAGUUCACAGCACAUAGCAGUUUGGUACAUGCUUUAUCGAUCCCUGUUGUGAAGUUCCAUUACGAGCCAUCCCCGAUGCAGGUCUUGGUUACAGAAAAUCCCAAAUCGUUUUCUCAUUUUAUCACCAAUGUUUGUGCCAUCAUUGGUGGUGUUUUCACGGUUGCUGGGAUACUGGAUUCGAUACUGCACAACACAAUGAGACUGGUGAAAAAAGUUGAAUUGGGGAAGAACUUUUAGCGAUUACCAAGAACUCUUAGCAUCUACCCAUCAAAGACAAUUGUUACUAUAUACAUCUGAAUCUUAUAUAUUUUGUUAGAUAAUUUUGGAAUAGCAUCUAUCUAUAUAUCCAAAUUGUGCUCGAAAUGCCCAUGAAAAGAAAUAUUUUAAGUGUUC